AUGGAGGGAAACAAAGAUUUUCAACGAAAAGAGGCGGGCGACUUGUUGAAAGUAUCCUUCACUCCAGAGCGAAAAUUUGUCUGCGUUUCCUAUCCUGGAAUCGUACAAAAUGAGGACAAGGCGUUUGCCACUCUGGGUGGGAUCAAAGCCAUUCAGAAGACGGUGCAAAAUCCAAUCAAGAAGUUGGAGCUAAAAAUGAGACCCGAAGACAUUUACUGUAAACCAGUAUUUGGGACGCGCACAGAAACAACCAGCCUGUUGCUACGAGUGAAGCGUCGAAGACGGAAGGGGACGGCUCCAGGAGAGGCCUCGGUGUCGGAUGCGACAGAGACUAAGAAUGAUACCCAGGAAGAGUGGAAAGCUGAUAUUCUGGGAAUGGUGGGAUGCACCUUCAGAUUCCAGUCAUUGUGUGACUUCCAAUACCUGCCUAUGGAGAGGUUGGAUGACGGCUCGUACAGAGACAUACACAAGGACUUGGCGCUGAGGAAGUUCACUUCCUUGAAGCAAUGGCUGAAGAGAGAUGACAUCCCGAUGUUCUUACAACCCGUUAUGUUCUCUCGGUCUGACGUCCCAUCGGAAUACGUCUACAGACCCGCUCCUAAACCCAGGAGGGCCGUGGAGCGAGAUCCGAACCAACCCACAAAUCUAAUAGGAACAGCACGCAAGAAAAGAACAGUAUUCACACUGUUUGCAAAGUUUGAUGAUAAAGAAAUUCCAUCUACCCCACUUGAGGGUGCCACUCAGACACUAAGGUCAAUGGUGAGGGUCGCAGGGAAAGAAGAGGAAGUCAGAAAGCUUUUUGAGGAGCGUCCAGUCUGGUCUAAGAAUGCCAUAAUGUACCAUACAAAGUGUACCAAAGACACUCUGAAGUGCAUACUGCCCCUGAUGGCGUAUUACUUCAUUACUGGACCCUGGAGGUCACUGUGGGUCAAGCUUGGAUUUGACCCCAGGAAGGACCCCAAAGCCAAGAUCUAUCAGGUUCUGGACUUCAGAAUACGGCAAAGAGGUGCCGUUGACAAACUUAACAUCGUAGGGAAGAGGAGUAUAUUUCAAUACAACCUGCCAAACAGACAUCGCAAACAGCAGAGACAUGUGGCUAAAAUCCACGUAUCAGAACUGGAAAAGGCUCCAGAUGAACCUAAAAAACCCUACCGACAGAAACAUAUUGAGGAUAUCUCCUUCAUCUACAAGCCAGAUGUCUUGCCACCAUACCGGUGCAUGUUCUACCAAAUGUGUGACAUCCAGGAAGAACAGUGUCAGCAAUUGAUACAUCUGAAUGAUGGAAUGGAGUCUGAAUGCACUGAGAAGGAUGGCUGGUGCAUCAAGGGAAUUGGUGAGAAAUGCCGAGCCAUCAUGUACAAACAUCUAAAGAAACUAGCCCACAGAGAGGAAUUCCCUAGCCUGCACGGUCCUGCAGGUACCAGUGCCAAAGCAUCAGGAGACAGUGAUGAAGAUUCUGACAAUGAGCCAAUGGGUGAAGACCUUCCAUCAGAUGAUGACAUGACUGAGAUGGAAACAGAGAUGUUAGAUGCUGUUUGAUUGGUUGAUCUAAUUUAUCUGUCAAGGAAACCUUGCUGGCGAGGGACCAAUACUUGAUGUUCAUAUAUGGACUACUGAAUAUUGUGUCCACUCAUUGGUUGAUGAUAAAAUAUUAUGGAUGAACAUGGAAAGAUAUAGAACUUGGUGGAAUAGCAGGUUAUGAGAAUGGAGUAAUUGCUAAUUAUAUAAUGGUCAGACUGAUGGAAGUGGCCAUGGACAUCUUAUUGAGUCGUAGAGCAUGAAAAGCUCAGGUGCCAACUUUUCAACUGGAAUGGAUGUGCAUUUGUGAAAGUGUGAGCACUGGACCGUCAGCAUCAUGGAAAUAAUAUUUCUUGUGGAAUAGUAAAUAUUUUGUUUCCAUGGGAUAAGUUAUUUCUGUUGUUCAAGAAGAAUGCAUAUUAUGCAGAAAUGGAAUAAAACUCCUCUAUCAUGGGGUGGAAAAUAAAGUAGGAAUUUCCUUCUGUUCAUUGAGUUUCAUGAACUGCAGUCUUGUGCAUUACGUGUACAUUUGCAGUGUGUGAAUUUUGCGCUUUGGAAUAUAAAACAUUGUGUUAUGGAGUACAUGAAUAUGGUCCCGUGUAAUGUGUGAAUAUUGUCCCGUGGAAAAUCUGAUUAUUGUCCCGUGGAAUAUCUGAUUAUUGUCCCGUGGAAUAUGUGAAUAUUGUCCUGUGGAAUGUGUGAAUAUUGUCCUGCGGAAUAUCUGAUUAUUGUCCCGUGGAAUAUUUGAAUAUUGUCCUGUGGAAUAUCUGAUUAUUGUCCCGUGGAAUAUGUGAAUAUUGUCCCGUGGAAUAUCUGAUUAUUGUCCUUUGGAAUUCGUGAAUAUUGUCCCGUGGAAUAUGUGAAUAUUGUCCCGUGGAAUAUUUGAAUAUUGUCCUGUGGAAUAUCUGAUUAUUGUCCCGUGGAAUAUGUGAAUAUUGUCCUGUGGAAUAUCUGAUUAUUGUCCUUUGGAAUUUGUGAAUAUUGUCCUGUGGAAUUUCUGGUCCUUAGGAAUGGUAUCAUAUGUGAAUUUGGAAUACUUAAUUAAUCAUGUUUUCUUGUGGAAUAUCAAAACGUUUUCACGUGGAAUACGUGGGUAUGGAGGACUAUUCAAGGAGUAUUGGCCAUCUCUGAUUAUGGAAGUGGUAUGGGAGUACAUCGUCACUACAUGUGCGUGUGGUUAACUUUGCUUGUUGGAUUCACUUCACCUCUCAGUGCUCAGGUCGUGAAUCUGUGCAAUGUUUUAUUUAGUUG